AUAUGCAGGAAUGCCCACAUGCUUGAACGCCCCGAAUUGCGGCCCGCAAUCACACACUAUUGGAGCUUCAGCAACAAACAAUAGCAACCAUCCUGAGUGAAUUAGCUAGCUACUGAGAAUACUUUAUAUAGGAAUCUAAAAGGAACCAAGGUGGCAGCACUAGUGAAAAUCCUAGCUUCUGCAAAACUGAAACAAAUCCGGAGAUCCAGCCCACGCCGAAAUCAGGUCUGUAAUACUGAGUGAAGGGCUGUGCGAGAGGGACUUAUAAAGAGAACCCACCUUGCUUGGUUGUCGUAGUGUGUAGAGGAGAGGAGUGCUCCUCAGUAGUAGCAGCAGCAGCCAUGGGUCUGGUAGCUUACCUGAAGACCCAGUUUGUUCUGCAGCUCCUGCUGGGUUUUGUGUUCGUGGUGAGCGGCCUCCUCAUCAACUUCAUCCAGCUGUUGACGUGCGUCCUGUGGCCCCUCAACAAGCAGCUGUACCGCAGGAUCAACACCAGGCUCUCCUACUCCCUCUGGAGCCAGCUGGUGAUGCUGCUGGAGUGGUGGUCGGGAACACAGUGCACCCUCUACACAGAUCAGGCCACGGUGGACAAGUUCGGCAAGGAACACGUCAUCAUCAUCCUUAACCACAACUAUGAGAUUGACUUCCUGUGCGGCUGGACUAUCUGUGAGCGAUACGGAGUCCUAGGGAGUUCCAAGGUGCUGGCCAAACACGAGCUGCUGAAGGUGCCUCUGAUUGGCUGGACCUGGUAUUUCUUGGAGAUUGUGUUCUGUAAGAGGAAGUGGGAGGAGGACAGAGAGACUGUGUUCAGAGGGCUAGAAAGACUCAGAGACUACCCUGAGUUUAUGUGGUUCCUGCUGUACUGUGAAGGCACCCGCUUCACAGAGAAGAAGCACCAGAUCAGUAUGGAGGUAGCAGAGAGUAAAGGCCUGCCCAAGCUCAAAUACCAUCUGCUGCCUAGAACCAAAGGCUUCACCACCGCACUCAAAUGCCUCAAGGGCACAGUGUCUGCUGUGUAUGAUGUCACUCUGAACUUUAAAGACCACCAAGUCCCCACUCUGCUGGGCAUCAUCAACGGCAAGAAAUACCUGGCAGAUAUGAGAAUCAGGCGGUUCCCUGUAGAGGAGAUCCCAGAAGAUGAGAAGGAGUGUGCCAACUGGCUUCAUAAACUCUACCAGGAGAAGGAUGCUUUGCAGGAGCACUACCAUAAAGAGGGCACUUUCCCGGGUCCCACCAUCACCCCUCCUCGCCGGUUGUGGACGCUACUCAACUUCCUGUUCUGGGCGGCCCUGCUGCUCUCACCCCUCAUCAACUUCGCCUGCGGGGUGGUGGUCAGCGGCUCCCCCCUCCUCAUCCUCGGCUUCAGUCUCUUCCUCAUCGUAGCCUCCAUAGCCAUCCGGCGCCUGAUCGGUGUCACCGAGGUAAAGAAGACAGGCUCCAAUUACGGCGACGAGGGGUCCAAGAAACAGAACUAGACCUCUACCUCCCCCUUGUUGGUUGCUGUACGGUCCUCCUGCAUUUCCCCUCCCUCUAUUCUGUUGUCCUGCAAGUGCAGUCAGCACACCGGGGAGGGGGCCAAACCAUUACACCUAGAGAUAAAACCGAUAGAUCUGUAGGGGGCCAAACCAUUACACCUAGAGAUAAAACGGAUAGAUCUGGAGGGGGCCAAACCAUUACACCUAGAGAUAAAACGGAUAGAUCUGGAGGGGGCCAAACCAUUACACCUAGAGAUAAAACAGAUCUGUAGGGUGCCAAACCAUUACACCUAGAGAUAAAACGGAUAGAUCUGGAGGGGGCCAAACCAUUACACCUAGAGAUAAAACAGAUCUGUAGGGUGCCAAACCGUUACACCUAGAGAUACCACAGAUGGAUCUGGAGGGGGCCAAACCAUUACACCUAGAGAUAAAACGGAUAGAUCUGGAGGGGGCCAAACCGUUACACCUAGAGAUACCACAGAUGGAUCUGGAGGGAGCCAAACCGUUACACCUAGAGAUACCACAGAUGGAUCUGGAGGGAGCCAAACCGUUACACCUAGAGAUAAAACAGAUGGAUCUGGAGGGAGCCAAACCGUUACACCUAGAGAUACCACAGAUGGAUCUGGAGGGAGCCAAACCAUUAUAGAUAGAUAAAACAGAUAGAUCUGUAGGGGACCAAAACAUUACACCUAGAGAUAAAACAGAGAGAUCUGGAUAAUGAGAGGAAAGAAAGAGAGAGGUAUGAGACCGUCUGGAGCCAGCUCUCUGGGGAGUAGGAGAGGGCAGAAGGAGAGGCUAUGACCAGGCUCUUUGCCCCCUUAACAACUCCCUCGGAUGUCCCCGGCCCCGCCCACUCUUCACCUCCUGACCACUGGGGUCCUCACCACCAGACAACUAAUCAGCUCACCACACAGAAGCAAGCCCACUUCCUGUUCUGAGCUGCCCACUUCCUCUUCCUGUCACAUGCUCUGGUCCUUUUUUUGUUGUUGAUUUUUUUCUGUUACUAGUGUUCUCCUCUUGUAACAACAUACAGUACAUCUCCCCCACAUUCUACCAAAUGACUGGACUUCAAAUGGGAACCAGUUUCUUGAGGCUCAGCCUGGUUUUCACUUUGCUUUUAACCUCUAAGAAAAAGGUGUUUAUUUUUCACUGUGCUUCCUAUCUCUGCUGUGGGAGCCCGCCCCCUUUUAUAUUUGUUGUCCAGAUUCAAGAUCAAAUAUAAUGGGGCGUUUCCAUGAUUCUACAAGUCUAUGCAUUCUGGUCACUAUUGAAUAUUACUACGGCACUUAUUUUCAUCUGGGCUAUGUACAACAGCAGAGAUGGGACUUCCAGUGUUUUAAAUACUGAGGCAGGUUUCUAUGUGUUAAGACUACAGUAAGGGCUCUGUAUUCAUUAACUACACGCUAACUAACUACUUAAUAACAUUUUGUUAUCUUUGACAUGAUAUUCAACUCCACUGUUCCAACGCCCUCAAGUUCUGACUAAUUAUUAUGUUAUGUAGGUUUUUACCGCAUUCUCCCAUGCUUGCUCACAAGUAGAUGUCUGCACACACAUUACCAUGCCAUUUUAUGACUAGCCAGUUUCCUGAGUGAACAACUUUUCUUCUGUAUUACACAGCUCGACCGCCCCCCGGUGUCUUUACACAGCUCGACCGCCCCCGGUGUCUUUACACAGCUCGACCACCCCCGGUGUCUUUACACAGCUCGACCACCCCCGGUGUCUUUACACAGCUCGACCACCCCCGGUGUCUUUACACAGCUCGACCACCCCCCGGUGUCUUUACACAGCUCGACCACCCCCCGGUGUCUUUACACAGCUCGACCACCCCCCGGUGUCUUUACACAGCUCGACCACCCCCCGGUGUCUUUACACAGCUCGACCCCCCCGGUGUCUUUACACAGCUCGACCACCCCCCGGUGUCUUUACACAGCUCGACCACCCCCCGGUGUCUUUACACAGCUCGACCACCCCCCGGUGUCAGUGUGACUCUUAUAAUAACCAAUUCCAGUCAAAACAGACUAUAACCCCACCUACCCUUUUAUAGAUGAAAUGCACUCGCUACUGAUUCUCCUCUCCAGCUGUAGACUCUAGUAAUGUUUGCCUCUGCAAGGGUGACUGUUUGAUUGGUUACAAAGUUCCUAUCUCUUAGGCUAGGGUGAUUUGAUUGGUUACUAAGUUCCCUUCCUACCUCAUCUCUUAAGCAAGAGUGAUUUGAUUGGUUACUAAAUUCCAUUCCUACCUCAUCUCUUCAUCUACUAAAGUCUUGUACUCAGACACACUCCACCAAUCCUUAAUCUGUAAUGGUGCACUGUGGGUAGUUUAAUUUUCUCCAUGUUAGUACUGGUAUGUUUAUUAGGCCCUGGUGUAUGUUGACAUGGUGCAGGAGCAAAAGGAUCUUAUUGAAUUGUAAUGACACAUGUACAUGUGUCAUUUAACAGAAGCUCUAAUCCAGAGCAAUUUAUAAUACCGUCCCUAACAGUACUGUUCUACAUCUCAGUAGCCAGCGAUAUGUUACUAAAAGCUGCUUACAGGUCCUGAGCUGCACAGGAAGGAGGUUUUUGCCCCGUUGUUUAUUUUUUGCUGCUAUUCCCUGCAUGCCACAGCACCACCCUGGGCUCAGGCACUGCAACUGCACUUGCUUUCCAACACACCUGCACUUGCUUUGAACACAUCUCACAUUGUUUAUCUAUUUACACUCUGAUGACCCGUCCCAUCUGUGAUCUGAAGGGUUGUAUUAGGGAGGGUGCUGACUUUCCUUUACAAACUGGGAUUGACAUGAAAGCAGACGUCAGAUUACAGGUGACUGGUAUUUCUUGAGUGCAACAUGCAACAAAAGCAGCAGCACAUCGUCAUCAUCAUCCCUUGUCUGGAGAAGACACCCAUUCUGUGUUACGUCGUCGCCAGCUUUUCUCCGUAUGUUGAUAAUGUUCUUUUAUUUUAUUGUAGCGUUUUAAAUGGUUUUUAACCAGGACAGAUUCAUGCAAGCCUUAAGAGUGCAGCUUCAUUAUAUUGUGUGAACUUAGGCAGACCACGCUUCCUCAGCCCUCUUAUAGUACAUUUGGAUUGGCAAGUGGUGUGGGAGACUGAUUUAGUCAGAUUCACAUACAUCUGCCCUCUGUUAAAAAAGAAAAGGAACUCCUGUUUAUUUCUCAGUAUAGAAUCCUGGAAACAAGUGUUUUUUUGGGUUAGUUGAUAAGGUAUAGUUAGUGUUAAGGCUGAAGAGAUGGGGGUUCCAUGAGACUCUGCUUAUUGUUACAGUAAUAGUUAAGAGGGCCCCAUGUUUAAUAAUAGACUCCGUGUCCCAUGAUGCUUCUGUGUUCGAUACCUCUGUUACAACUCCUGUUACAUCUCUCAACUGUCAAUACAACUGUUACAGUAGCUUAGGAGAGAUCUGGGCCCGUAUCCACAGUCUCACAGUAGGAGUGCUGAUCUAGGAUCUUUCCAUAUAUUCUCAUUAAUUCUGAUCUAAAAGGCUAAACUGAUCCUAUAUCAGCCCUCCUGCUCUGAGAGGCUUUGUGGAUACGGGCCCUGUUCUAAGUUGUGGGCCAUACGUUUUAUCUCAUCUCCAGUGUCCUUCCCAUACUGUAAUUCCAAACUACAGUACCCAUCAGGCACUGGUGCAGUCCCACCACUCCCUCAGGUAUCUAUCAGUCAGCUGUGUUUACACAGGCAGCCCAAUUCUGAUAUUUUUUUCACUAGUUGGUCUUUUGACCAAUCGGAUCAGCUCUGAAAAAGAUUUUACAUGAAAAGACCAAUUAGUGGUGAAACGAUCCAAAUUGGUCUGCCUGUGUAAACGCAGCCUAUGGUGUAUCUAUUCCAGAUCAACAGGACAAAUGCAGAGAAGUUAACACUAUUUGACAUUUUCUAACACUGGAGGUUUGUACUGCAAAAAAAUCCCACUAAUUUCUGAUUUUCUUAUUUUUGUUAAAGUUCUCGAACUAAAGAAACAAGUAAUGUUAGAAUUUCAACACUGAAAUUUGAACCUUUUUGGCAUGAAAGUUGUUCACUUAAAAGUGGCAUCUUGACUCAAUUUACAUUUGUCUUUUUUCUAAGUCUAUUUGUAUCUGUUGUUUCUUUAAUUAAACAAGAAUAAUAAAGGAUUUAAUCAGGCAA